AUGAAAGAAGAACAGGUUGACCUCGAGGAACUUCACCGUGAGCCCACGGUUGUUGCCGUACCACCAGGUGCGUUGACUGAAGCGGGCGUCCUGCUCGACGUUGAGGGUUCCAAUCUUCACGAUCUCAAGCUUGCUGAAGAUGGGCACACGGUCCUGCUUCCACAGCCUACCGAGCUCGACAGCGAUCCGCUGAACUGGAGUUCGCGGCGAAAGCACUUGAUCCUCUUUACCGUCGCAUUCGGUGCUCUGUGCGCAGACUUUACGUCAGCCGCCGGCACCGCAACGAUCUUCCUGCAGGGCGAGGAAUGGAACAUGAGUCCGAAUGUCGUCAACUACUCCGGCAACUUCAAUGUCCUAAUGAUGGGCCUCGGCGGUCUUCUUUGGGUACCAAUGACCCGGUACUGGGGACGAGGACCGACUUUGUUCUGGGCAACGUUAAUAGGCCUCUUCUUUUCGCUUGGGUCCGCCCUAGCUCCAACAUGGCCUACAUUCUACGCCAUGCGUGCUUUGAUGGGAUGGUUCCUGACCGCUCCGCAAACAAUCAGCAUCGCCUUCUUGAAAGACAUGUUCUUCUUCCACGAGAGAGCGCGGAAGAUUGGCCUAUGGUCAACGCUGUACAUUGCCAGCCCAUAUAUCGGCCCUUGCUUCGCCAAUUUCAUAGUUGGCCAAACCGGAAACUGGCGCGCUGUCUUCUGGCUUAACACGGGCAUUGUGGCGCUACAGAUGUGCUUCAUCUUGUGCUUCAUCGAUGAGACUUGGUUCGAUCGGGACGUUCCUAGUAGCGAGCAUCCACCGAGAGCGCAGGGGGUGAUGUACAGAAUACCGAGGCUUCUGGGAAUGUGGCAGAUCAAGCAUCAUUCGGAGUAUUUCGAUACUGUCUGGUCAUCAUAUCGAUGCUUUGCGGCCGUACUCACCAAGCCGGCAUUAGUUCUAAUCCUGUGCAACUAUCUAUUAAUCUUCGCGUGGGCGAUUGGGAUUAACAUCACGACUUCGAUCCUGUUCGCCACCCCUGCUGAAUUCGGCGGCUAUGGCUAUUCCAACACCCAGCUGGGUUAUCUGUACUUCACGCCGAUAAUAGCGGUUUUCCUUGGUGAAGCGUUCGGGCACCCGUGGAACGACUGGACAGCGCGACAUUAUAUCCAUCGCCAUCAUGGCGUGUUUGAAGCCGAGUCUCGCCUAUGGACGAUUUACAUUGGCAUUGCGUUCAUGGUAGCCGGUCUGAUACUUGUGGGGCAGACGCUACAGCACCAUCUCUCCGUUGUAGGCAUCAUCUUCGGAUGGGGCAUGAAUGUCUUCGGGGUCAUGCUUAACAGCGUCUCCGUCACCUCAUACGCGUUAGACUCAUACCCAAUGGCGCCCGCCGAGGUGGCUGGUUGGAUCAACUUCAUGCGUGUCAUCGGUGGCUUCAGCGUGGGAUAUUUCCAGCAACCUUGGGGGCAGAGGGUCGGCUUCGAUGCUAGCUUUGGCACACAGGCCGCCAUUGUGGCAUUCAGCGGCAUAUUUGUGGCUACCGCGCACAUUUACGGUCAUCGUCUGCGGGCACACUUUGGACCUAUCAGAAGCAAGUAA